AUGGGUCUUAUGUGGUUGUCUUUGUCGUUGGUUUUCGGAGUGAAAAGUUUUAGCAGAUUGAACGCUACUCGCAACAAAAAUUAUCAAAGGGAUGUGCCGAAAGGUCACCUAGCAGUGUAUGUUGGCAAAAACAAGAAAAGGCGGUGUGUCAUCCCAGUAUCAUACUUGGAACAACCACUAUUCCAAGACUUGCUGCGUCAAUCUGAGGAAGAGUUUGGGUUUGAUCACCCAAUGGGAGGCCUAACCAUUUCAUGCCAAGAAGAUGAGUUUUUCAAGCUCAUAAGCCAAAUGCAUGUUUCAUUAUAUAUUGUAGACCAACAAUGA